AUGGACCCCGCAAAUCAACUACCUAGAAUGCUUCUCUUCCUGAUGUCUUUACUUUUCCAGCUCCAAGGUAUUAAUAUGUUCAAGGAGCAGGAAGAUUUCCGAUUCUGUGCCACAAGAAACCAAACUCAGAAAAGUUUUGUCUACUAUAAAAUGCACAGAAACAUCAUCAGCAUUGUCAACCAUGCUGACGGACUGCAUAUAAGUGCGCCAUUCCUUCCAGAAUCCAGAACCUAUCCUCUGCAAGAUCGUAGUGGACUUUACCGCUUCUGCGUUUAUGGGCACCAGGGUACCGGCCUUUUCAUAUUACGCUACGGGAACGUCAGCUACAACUUGAGCACAGAGGCCAACGGUUUCCUCUGCUCUUCCAACGUGAAAGGAAACGCCAGUCAAGGUGGCACCUCUGUUCUUCACAGUGUCUCCUACGCCUUUAACAAGGGAUCCCAGAAUAAGUCCCUGUCACCCUCCUCUGCCUACCAGGUCACCUUCGAUGAUCACCGAAGUUUUGACCAAAAAAACUCUCUCCAAGUGUGUGAAGUGGAAAAAGAACUUGGGAACUUAGCAGUUGCCCUGGAAAAUCCUAAAUCUGGCAGGAGAAACAGUUCUGGGACCUUCUAUAAAUAUCUGCAGCGUUUGGAUGCAUAUUUGGGGAAAAUGGACUUCAGGGAAGAGAAUAAGACUUUGGGGAAGGGCCCAAUACUGCGUGCUAGUGUCUGGAAAAUCGCACCCCACAAGAACCUGACCAUCCAGUCUAAGCUAGAGGAGAACAAAGAGGUCCGUGGGUUUGAUGUGACCAUACCAAGCACCCUCUUUGCGCCGCCCAGAGGCCGUGCACAAGCCAUGUCAAAGGUAGUCUUGAUGGAAGUCAGCAGCCAAACUCUCUUCCAGCCCGGCCAAAAUAACAGUUGGAUCCUCGGCGGAAAGGUGUUUGGCAUCUCUAUGCCAAACAGACACGUCUCUGGUUUGCCCAAGGAGCAGCGGGUGGCGCUCACUUUCUGGCACAACCAUCUUACGAAAAAUGCAACUCCACUGUGCGUGUUCUGGGAUACAAGCUCUAACGCUGGCCAAACCGGCUUCUGGAACACAUCUGGCUCCGAAGUGGAAGCAGGAGCAGAAAGGAAUCGCACAACCUGCCUUUGGGACCAUCUCACCUUUUUCGCGGUGCUGAUGACGUCCUCUCCAGAAGUUGACUACAUUCACAAGGAAUACCUGACCGCGAUCACCUAUUUUGGCUGCGUCAUUUCAGCUGUGGCAUCCUUUGUCACAAUCUGCAUUUUCCUUUGCUCCAGGAGAAAUGAGAGAGACAGUGUUGUCCGUAUCCACAUGAAUCUCCUCUGGGCCAUCUUCCUCCUUGAUGUCAGCUUCCUCAUCGCUGUGCCACUAUCCUCUGCCGAGAAUACUGCGGCUUGUAAGGCGGGCGCCAUGUUCCUGCAUUUCGGCCUCCUCGCUUGCCUGACCUGGAUGGGGAUUGAGGGCUACAGCCUCUACCGGUGUGUGAUCGAGGUCUUCGAUUUCUCCACCGAGAACCUCCUUCUGAAGCUGUGCCUGGUGGGCUGGGGGCUUCCCGUAUUCCUGGUGACUGUGAUCUUUGUGGCCGAUCCAUCAAGCUAUGGACCAUAUUUGAUUAAAGUGUACAAGGCCUCUGAUAGCUACACCAAUGCGACCAUCUGUUGGAUAACAAAGAAGCAUAUUAACAACAUCCUGAAUUUGGGAUUUCUAAGCCUGGUGCUCCUCUUCAACAGCAUCAUGCUGGCUGCUAUGGUGCGCGUGAUCUUCAGACUGAACCACCGGGAUUACCACCAGUGGCAAUACGCAGUGAUGCUCCUGGGACUGAGCUGCGUGCUCGGCAUCCCGUGGGGGGUGACCUUCUUCUCGUUCACUGUUGGAACCUUCCAGCUUGCUGCCUUAUAUCUCUUUACCAUCAUUAACUCCUUCCAAGGCUUCCUCAUCUUCCUUUGGUACUUGGCAAAGACGGUGCAGGCUCGCCGGUCUCUCUCGGCUCCGUUCACAUCUUCUAACAGCGUAAAGCUCCAUUCCAGCAGCAGCGUGUUGUGACCUAGCAGGGAUUUGCUGACCUUGAGGC